AUGGUCGAGCUUUGCUUGAUGGCUUCGCGUGGCUACCCUCCUGGGCUAGUUUUCCAUCCAGAGCAGGGUAUGUCCAAGGUAUCAAAGGAUAGUCAACCUUUUUUGCCUAGUCUUGGAUCAAGACAAGAUAUAAAUAGAUUAAGCUCCCUUAACCUGAGGACGUAUCAGAGUGAAGAGCCAGGGAAAACCAUAAGCGGGCUUUCAGGGGCAAGCCAGUUUGUCAGGGUUGACUCAACUAUGAGAAGCCCUGUACUUAUUGAUGUGCAAGACACUCGUCCAAAUUCAGUACUCUUCAGCUUUGGGAUUGCAGAAAAAUGUACAAGGCAUGAGAAAAUCUUAAAGUUCCUCAUGUCUGGAUCAAGCGAAGCAGAACUAGGUGGACUGGAUCUAUCUGUACUCUCUGAAUUGAUGGGCCUUCAAGCAUUGACAGUUGAUAUGCCACAACAGCCACUUGCUCCAGAUUGUAGAGUUUGUUUUCAUAAUGCUGCGUCUCAGCCCUCCCUUAUCCAUCCUACUAGUGACUUUUAUCCCCAGAAGCCUCUUUUCUACUCAAUAGGGGAUGUGGCAUAUAAUUCAGAUAUUACAGUUCACCCAGAUGGCCGAGUCACAAUCACGGGUGUUGCGACUGAGAUGAAGGAUAUUCUUUCCAUUAUUGCUGAGUUUUACUUGUCAAAUAAUUCGACAAAGUGGAAAAAGCAGUCAGUGCUGGUUCCACACUUCAAUUGGCUGGAUAGCAAUGAAGUAAGGGCUAAUAUCCAUGGGUCUUCGUUGAAGCUUGAAGCUGUUAAAGUUGCUCCUUUAAAGAGGCAUCCUGCAAAUUUGUAUGCUUUUCUAACGGGAAUUCCUGAGAAAAUCAAACUCAGGCCAUCACCUAAAAAGAAGUGCGGGAGGAAAGCAGCUAAAGAGAGGGGUCUCUACCAAAAAAACUACUUCCACGCGUGUGAAAGCCUUUUAUCCAUAAUGGUUGACAAGAAGAGGCACAGGAAAACUGCCAUCCUUUCUCUGAAGAAAUCCGGUCCUGAACUACCCCAGCUCCUGACUCAGUUCUCUGCCAGCAUUGCGGGGACUGGCCUUGCCGUUCUUUUCUCAGUUGUCUGUAAAUUAGCUUGCAGCAGGGUGCCCUUCUGUGCAUCCAAACUCUUGAGCACUGGAUUGGGAAUUGGAUUGGUUUGGCUCUCACUGAGGGACACUGUAAUUCAUAUAGGCAAGAACUCAGGCAAGUUGGAUUUUAAAGAAGAUGACAUGAUGAAAAACCUAGACAAAAGUGUGGAGGAAAUUUACUUCAGAGCUGUAACAUUGAUGGCAGUUGCAGUGCUAAGGUUUGCAUGA